AUGAGGAGUUGUUAUAAUGGAUCCCGGAGAGUGGCGAAUUGCUUCACGCAUAAGGCUACUCUCAUAUCAGAAUGCGAUGAUGGAGUGCACGUCAACAGUUCAGCGAAUAGGUCGGCAGAAUGGCACCGUGAACGCCAGCACCAUCGACCCGUCAUUGGAGUAUUUCAAGGGAGGAAUAGCCAGCAAUCCGAUAGAGCUGGACGAUACGCCAACCAUGCCGUACCUGAUCCAGAUUCAGGGUCUACGUCAGUGCUCACCAUGAACGACUUCCUGUCCCUAUGUCGACGCAGAUGGUUGACGAUUGGAAUCCUGGAUUUUGCAAUCCAGGUGAAAUGUGCCAAAGAUGCUGUCCAGAAAGGCAUUGCUAUCAUGUAUGCAAGGCACACAUACGCGCUAUUGCACACUAAGAAGAAGGGGGCCGAAUUACGGACAUAUUUACUCUCAAUCUUUCCAUUUCUUACAGACGUGAACACGACACAGCUUGUGAUGAUUUUCAACAUCCUCAAUAUCCACUGGGCCAUGGCUGUCGCCGACAUAACAACCAAGACUGUCACAAUAAUGAACUCCAGCAAAGAUCUUGGAGGUCCAAAACUCAAAAGGCAAAGCUAUUUUAUUCUAGCUCUUCUCCAAAAUGCUCGUGGUUCAAUCUGGGCUAUUUCCCUAAGUGGCGAUUCGUCGACCACCCUAGCCCCUAGCAACGGAAUACCUGGGACUGCGGAGUGUACACAUUGA